UCUCCGCGCCGCAACUCAGAGUUCCUCUCCGAAAAAGUUAUUAGAAUUUCACCGGAACAAAGUUUGUUUUUUUAGAAAAACAUGUCGUCGGUGAGCGGGGACGAGGAGAUCAACGUUGACUCGGACAGCAACAUCAGCUGCAGCGACGGCGCCGCCAGCGACGCCGACGCGGCGCCCAUCAUGAGCACCAAAGAUCCACACGCCAAACUGCCCUUCAGCAUUUCGCGGCUGCUCGGCGCCGACUUUGACUCGAAGACCACCAAGUUGGGCGACGCCGCCGUCGCCGCCUGGGCCGACGCCGCCAGCUACGAGCACCUGUUCGGCGCCAGGGGAGUUCCGCCCGGCCUCCUCCAACACAACCUGCACUACGCGACGGCGCCCGGCGGCGCCAUCAUCCGAGUCCCGGCGCACCGGCCGCCGCCAACGUCGGCGCCAAACUCGGUGCCGCAACUCUCGGCCUCGUCUUAUCCGUGGCUGGACCCGCUCCAGCGCAGCGCCGCCUUUGCAUCGCACCUCGUCAAGGAAAGACUCACAGCGACAUUCCCCAUAACUCGGCGGAUCGGUCACCCGUACCAGAACCGGACGCCGCCGAAGAGAAAGAAGCCGCGCACCUCGUUCACCAGACUGCAGAUCGCCGAGCUCGAGAAGCGAUUCCACAAGCAAAAGUACCUGGCCUCGGCCGAAAGGGCCGCCCUGGCCAAAACGCUGAAAAUGACUGACGCCCAGGUCAAGACUUGGUUUCAGAACAGGCGGACGAAGUGGAGAAGGCAGACGGCCGAGGAGCGAGAGGCCGAACGACAGGCGGCCAACCGGCUGAUGAUGUCCCUGCAGGCCGAGGCCAUGAGCAAGGGCAUGUUCCCGUCGGCGGGGGCGGCCACCCCCUCGGACGGCCCCAGCAUGCAGUCUCUGCAGUGCAGCGCCUCCCUCAGCGCCCUCCAGAGCAUGCAGCCGUGGGGGCCGCCGCCCGGCUCGAUGGCGGCCGCCGUGGCCGCUGCGGUGGCCGCCGCCCACUCGUCGGCCGCCUCUGAGCCCCCGCACAGCCCCCAGAGCGAUCCCGGGGGCCUUUUGCAUGCGCCGCCUUCGUACCUCAACCCGGCGCCCAUGACGUCACCAAUUUGCUGAAAAAAUUCCAUUUUUUUUGCCUAAGCCCAGAGAUAGUCAGUUGUUUGUACAUAAUUUAUUAAUUUUACAAUAAUUUCUCUGCUGCUUGUGCAAGGAGAAAUGUAUAAAAACGAAAUCUUGGAAAAUUAUAGUGAUGAAGAAGUCAGAUAGAAUUUAAAUUAGAAAAAUUGAGCGUUUGAAUGGAUGGAUUUUUGUUUGUAAAAUAUAGAGGACUUUGUGUAAAAACGGUUUAUAUUUUAUAAUUUGUGUAGUGAAUGAAUGUGAGAGAGGAAAUGUGGAGCAAUAAAUGCGUUGAAGGAUAAAUUUUGAACCAAAAACCAUCGAUUUAAUCCCUUAUAAGGUUUAAUGUAAAAAAAUCAAAGAUAUUGAAAUAAAAUUUUGUUUAGCGUUCAAAAUUAUACAAAGAGAUUGAAAGUCUCAAAAUAAAUGUGUUAAUUUA